GAGCUCCCGCCGCCGCCGCCGCCCUUGCCUCCGGCUCCUCGGCGCCCCUGCCCUCGGCUCUCCGCCCUGUCCGCCCGCUCCCCCUGGUGGAGCCGGCGCGCCCCGGGGUGCCGCUCCCUGCCCUGCGCUCCGCUCCUGGAGGUGCCUCGCCCCUCUCCUUUCCUCCUCGCAAUCUCCCCGUGGCUCAGUGCUCUCCCGAGUCUCCGGCUCCUCGCCUUUCCACCUGUUUCCCCAGAAAGGCAGGAUCCUGGUCCCUGCUACGUUCCUGGGGCCAUGGCAGGCCUGGGCCCCGGCGGAGGCGAUUCAGAGGGGGGACCCCGGCCCCUGUUUUGCAGAAAGGGGGCUCUGAGGCAGAAGGUGGUCCAUGAAGUCAAGAGCCACAAGUUCACCGCCCGCUUCUUCAAGCAGCCAACCUUCUGCAGCCACUGCACCGACUUCAUCUGGGGGAUUGGAAAACAGGGCCUGCAAUGUCAAGUCUGCAGCUUUGUGGUUCAUCGACGAUGCCACGAAUUUGUGACCUUCGAGUGUCCAGGCGCUGGGAAGGGCCCCCAGACGGAUGACCCCCGAAACAAGCACAAGUUCCGUCUGCACAGCUACAGCAGCCCCACCUUCUGUGACCACUGCGGCUCCCUUCUCUACGGACUGGUGCACCAGGGCAUGAAAUGCUCCUGCUGCGAGAUGAACGUGCACCGGCGCUGUGUGCGCAGCGUGCCCUCUCUGUGCGGGGUGGACCACACGGAGCGUCGUGGGCGGCUGCAGCUAGAGAUCCGAGCACCAACGGCAGAUGAGAUCCACGUCACAGUUGGUGAGGCCCGUAAUCUCAUCCCAAUGGAUCCCAAUGGUCUGUCGGAUCCCUAUGUGAAGCUGAAGCUUAUCCCAGACCCUCGGAACUUGACAAAACAGAAGACCCGGACGGUGAAAGCCACACUAAACCCUGUGUGGAACGAGACCUUUGUGUUCAACCUGAAGCCAGGGGACGUGGAGCGCCGGCUCAGCGUGGAGGUGUGGGACUGGGACCGGACUUCCCGCAACGACUUCAUGGGUGCCAUGUCCUUCGGGGUCUCGGAGCUGCUGAAGGCCCCGGUGGAUGGCUGGUACAAGUUACUGAACCAGGAGGAGGGCGAAUAUUACAAUGUGCCGGUGGCUGACGCUGACAACUGCAGCCUCCUCCAGAAGUUUGAGGCCUGUAACUACCCCCUGGAACUCUAUGAGCGCGUGCGGAUGGGUCCCUCUUCCUCUCCCAUCCCUUCCCCAUCCCCCAGUCCCACCGACUCCAAGCGCUGUUUCUUUGGGACGAGCCCCGGACGUCUCCACAUCUCUGACUUCAGCUUCCUCAUGGUUCUAGGAAAAGGCAGUUUUGGGAAGGUGAUGCUGGCUGAGCGCAGGGGCUCUGAUGAGCUCUAUGCCAUCAAGAUCCUGAAGAAAGACGUGAUUGUCCAGGACGACGACGUGGACUGCACCCUCGUGGAGAAGCGAGUGCUGGCCCUGGGGGGCCGAGGCCCGGGGGGCCGGCCCCACUUUCUCACCCAGCUGCACUCCACCUUCCAGACCCCGGAUCGCCUGUAUUUCGUGAUGGAGUAUGUCACCGGGGGCGACUUGAUGUACCACAUUCAGCAGCUGGGCAAGUUUAAGGAGCCCCAUGCCGCGUUCUACGCAGCGGAAAUCGCCAUCGGCCUCUUCUUCCUUCACAAUCAGGGCAUCAUCUACCGGGACCUGAAACUAGACAACGUCAUGCUGGAUGCCGAAGGACACAUCAAAAUCACUGACUUCGGCAUGUGUAAGGAGAACGUCUUCCCGGGGACCACGACCCGCACCUUCUGUGGGACCCCAGACUACAUAGCCCCUGAGAUCAUUGCCUACCAGCCCUAUGGAAAGUCUGUGGAUUGGUGGUCCUUUGGGGUUCUGCUGUAUGAGAUGCUGGCAGGACAACCCCCUUUUGAUGGGGAGGAUGAGGAAGAGCUGUUUCAGGCCAUCAUGGAACAAACUGUCACUUACCCCAAGUCGCUUUCCCGAGAAGCCGUGGCGAUCUGCAAGGGGUUCCUAACUAAGCACCCAGCGAAACGCCUGGGCUCAGGGCCCGACGGGGAGCCCGCCAUCCGUGCUCAUGGCUUUUUCCGCUGGAUGGACUGGGAGCGCCUGGAACGGCUGGAGAUCGCGCCUCCCUUCAGACCCCGUCCGUGUGGACGCAGCGGGGAGAACUUCGACAAAUUCUUCACGCGGGCGGCGCCCGCGCUGACCCCGCCGGACCGCCUAGUUUUGGCCAGCAUCGACCAGGCCGACUUCCAAGGCUUCACCUACGUGAACCCGGAUUUCGUGCACCCCGACGCCCGCAGCCCCGUCAGCCCACCGCCUGUGCCAGUCAUGUAAUCUCUCCUGCCGCCACUAGGUGUCCCCACCGCUCCCUCCCCAGGCCGGCCUUAGCCCCCUGUUCACCCCCUUCCCACUCUAGAUCUGCUCCCCAGCAUUCUCGCCUCUGCCCUGCGGGGGCCAGGCGCCCCACCCCAGCGCUCCUGGCAUUCUAACCUCCGUACAGCCUCUAGAGCCGCACCGCGUUCUAGGUUCUGCUGUGCUGAGCCCUGGAUUCUCCCGCACCUCAGUGUUCGGGACUCUGCUCCACCAGGUUCCAGAAAGGCCACCACUCUCCCAGUUCCACGGGGUUCUAGACUCCAUUUCGGUAGAAUCUGUGCCUCUCGUUUUUCUUUUUUUUUUU